GGAGACGCAGCUGCGAAAAGGAGGAGGCGAGGGUCAGCUGUGCGCGUGCUGCAGAAAGAGGAACCGUGAGCGUCUCCUUGAGACCUGAGCAACAUGUCCAGACUUCUGAACAGAGUCACUGUGCAAUUAACGAGAGAUCCGAACUUCUGCAUGAAGUUUGGGGCAACCAGGGUGCUGAGUUUAAGCUGCACACUGAGGAAAGAGACUGAGAAGAAAAGUGAUGGAGAUGUAGGAGUUCUGGGGAAGAGGCUGAAGGAGACAGCCGAGACUCUGAUCAUCGGAGGAGGAUGUGUCGGUGUAAGUGUGGCCUACCACCUGGCCAAAGCCGGACAGAAGGAUGUGGUUCUUCUGGAGAAGUCCGAGCUGACUGCUGGAUCCACAUGGCACGCUGCCGGUCUGACGACGUACUAUCACCCCGGGAUCAAUCUAAAGAAGAUUCAUUACCACAGCAUUAAGCUGUAUGAGCAGCUGGAGGCAGAGACGGGCCAGGCAGUCGGUUUUCAUCAACCAGGAAGUGUGAGGAUCGCCUCGACUCCAGCCCGAGUGGACGAGAUGAAGUACCAGAUGACCAGAACUCACUGGCAUCCAACGCCACAGUUCCUCAUCGAACCCGAGAAGGUCCACGAGCUCUUCCCUCUUCUCAACAUAGACAAGGUAUUAGCAGGUCUGUACACUCCUGGUGAUGGACACAUCGACCCGUACUCUCUUACCAUGGCUCUCGCAGCUGGAGCUCGGAUGUACGGUGCUCAGAUCUACAGCCCCGCGCCUGUUACGGGUCUCGUCUCCACCCCUGAUGGAAAAUGGGAUGUCCAGACGCCUCAUGGGACCAUCCGCGCCAACCGCAUCGUCAACGCUACAGGUUUCUGGGCACGGGAACUUGGUCAGCUGGUUGGUCUGGAACAUCCCACGAUCCCUGUCCAUCACCAGUAUGUGGUGACGGCAACCGUUCCUGAGGUGAAGGUCUUGAAAAAGGAGUUGCCCGUGAUCCGGGAUCUGGAGGGUUCGUACUAUUUGCGUCAGGAGAGAGACGGCCUGCUGUUUGGCCCUUACGAAAGGGAGGAGAAGAUGGUGCUGCAGGACUCGUGGGUCAGAGAUGGAGUCCCUCCAGGGUUCGGUAAGGAGCUGUUCGAAUCGGACCUGGACCGUAUCAUGGAGCACGUGGAAAUGGCCAUGGAGAUGGUUCCUGUUCUCAAGCAUGCCGACAUCAUUAAUAUCGUGUCUGGACCAAUCACGUACACUCCAGACCUGCUGCCAAUGGUAGGACCACACCAGGGACUCCGCAACUACUGGACCGCCAUUGGCUUUGGCUACGGCAUCAUUCAUGCGGGUGGAGUGGGAAAGUUCCUGAGUGACUGGAUCUUGCGAGGUGAGCCCGCUUAUGAUCUGAUUGAAUGCGACCCGAACCGUUAUGGCAAGUGGACCACUGUGCCAUUCCUGUGUGCCAAGGCCAGAGAGUCAUAUGGGUUUAACAAUGUGGUGGGGUAUCCUAAAGAGGAGCGCUUUGCUGGUCGGCCCACCAGCAGAGUCAGUGGACUUUACAAGCAGCUGAAGGAAAAAUGCUCCAUGGGCUUCCAUGCAGGCUGGGAGCAACCACAUUACUUCUACAAGCCAGGAGAUGACGUGGGCUAUAAACCCAGUUUCAGGCGAGCAAACUGGCACGGACCAGUCGGCCGAGAGUGCAAGCUCGUAAUGGAGAAAGUGGGCGUUAUUGACCUUUCACCAUUUGGAAAGUUCACGGUCAAAGGAAAGGAUGCGCACAAGCUGCUGGACCGACUGUUCGCCAACACCAUGCCGAAGCUGGGCUUAACUAACAUCAGUCACAUGCUGACGCCGAGGGGGCGUGUCUACGCUGAGGUCACUAUUACCCAAGUUGCACCAGGAGAGUUCCUGCUCAUCACUGGCUCAGGGUCUGAAUUGCAUGAUCUGAGAUGGAUCGAGAGAGAAGCAACUGAUGGUGAUUAUGAUGUAAACAUCUCUAAUGUGACUGAUGAGAUCGGAGUGCUGGGAAUCGCAGGUCCGAACGCUCGCAAAGUCCUGCAGAAACUCACCAACGAAGACAUGAGUGACGCCGCCUUUAAAUUCCUUCACUGCAAACACCUUCAUCUGGCUGGAGUCCCAUUGAGGGCCAUACGGAUAUCAUAUACAGGCGAGUUGGGUUGGGAGCUGUAUGUGGACAUGCCAAAGCUGGCAGAAGUAUACCAGGCCAUCAUGGAGGCUGGAAAAGAAGAGGGAAUCGAUAACUUUGGCACUUAUGCAAUGGGUUCCCUCAGGCUGGAAAAGGGCUUCCGAGGCUGGGGAGCUGAGAUGAACUCUGACACAAAUCCUCUCGAGGCUGGUCUGGAUUACUUCAUCAAACUCAACAAGACUGCAGAUUUUAUUGGUAAAACAGCCUUAAAGGAAAUCAAGGCUCAGGGACUAACAAGGAAGUUAGCGUAUCUCACUGUGAAUACGGACGACAUAGACCCUGAGGGCAACGAGACCAUAUGGCACAACGGAAAGGUGGUCGGAAACACGACCUCCGGAGCGUACAGCUACUCGAUUCAGCAGAGCCUGGCCUUUGGUUACCUCCCUGUAGACUUGGCCACCGUUGGUCAGAAGGUCGAGGUGGAGCUCCUGGGCAGGAAAUAUCCAGCCACGGUGAUCCAGGAGCCGCUGGUGCACACCGAGCCCACCAGAACACGUCUGCAGAAGAAGAAGAUCACAGCGUGAAGUGGGAAUGCUCAUUUGGAGAAACUACACUGUGACCUGAAAAAAUUCUAUUCAAUCAUGGCACUGAAUCCUGCAGUAAACUCAACAAACAACAGAGUUGGAAAAUAAAACCUGAACGUGGCUUUGAAAUUAAAAAAAAAAAUGUCUUGUUGAAAAAAGGAACAAUAUCAUGUCUUAAAAAUGACUACUUUUGGGCCACUGGUAAAAAAAAAAAUGUAAAUAAUAUUAAAUUAAAAUAAAAUUUCAUUAAAAAAAAGCAAA